AUGUACCAGCACAUCCUGGCCUUGUCCUUUGCUGUAGAUGAGAUCAAUGGGAAUCCCCAAAUCCUGCCAAACCUCACUCUGGGCUUCCACAUUCUCAAUGGCUACUACAUUGCAAGGAUGAGGUAUAAGGCCACCAUGGGACUCCUAUGCACAUACCACAGAUUUGUGCCCAAUUUCAGCUGUGGUGCUCAGAAAAAAAUAGCUGCUGUCAUUGGAGGACUUGUGACUGAAGCCUCUGAAAUUCUGGCCAUCAUCCUUGCCAUGUACAAGAUUCCACAGCUUCACCCUUUCCUAAGGAGCAUCUCAUUUAAUAACAGUGCUGGGGACUUGGUGUCUCUUGAUGAGAGAGGUGAAUUAGCAGCUGGAUUUGAUCUCAUCAACUGGGUUACUUUCCCAAACCAGUCCUUUUUAAGAGUGAAAGUAGGAGGGGUGGAUCCACAGGCUGUAUCAGGUCAAGAGUUUACCAUCAACAAGGAGGCCAUCACGUGGCACAGAGCUUUUCAUCAGGUUCUGCCCAUUGCAAGAUGCAAUGACAACUGUCCUUCAGGUUCCCAAAGAAAAAAGAAAGAAGGGCAUCCAUUUUGUUGCUAUGUUUGUACUCCAUGUCCAACUGAGAUGAUUUCAGAUAAGAAGGAUAUGGAUGAUUGCUCCUACUGCCCAGAAGAGGAAUUUCCAAACAGUGAGCAAGACCACUGCAUUCCCAAGAGCCUCAGUUUCCUCUCUUUCUCUGAGCCUUUGGGGAUGACUUUCACUUUCUUGGCACUCUCCUUUGCUCUUCUCACAGCUUUGGUGCUAGCUGCAUUCAUUAAGAAAAGAAACACUCCAAUUAUUAAA